AUGAACUCUCGCCCUUCCAGAUCAUCCAGCAUUCCCAUCCCACGAAGUGCGUCGUCGUCGUCGUCGGCCCGUAACAUCGAGGCCGUUUUGUCUAUCCCCGUAGUAUCUCCAAGCAGACAGAACGUUUCGUCUAGCUCAUCUGCUCGACUCGUCAUUGAACCCCGACGCAUCGGUCCCUCAGUAGAUGGAUCAAGAGCUAUAACCACAGAUACCAACAUUUCCGUCUCCCCAAUCAGAUCGACUGCACGAUCAGCAUCUAUAGUGUCCAGCGUUCCAGGUCGCGCUCAAAGUUCAGUUCGAACGACGUUUGAACCUAGAGUUAUUCGCGGCGUAGGCCCAGAGUAUUCCGCUAGCGGCGAAGCUGACUAUGCCACACAUCCUGGUCCAUCGCCUCAUAAUCGCAGGGCCAGCACAGGGACUGUUAGAACUUUAGGUCCCCCACAAACUGUCGUGCCUCAACAUAUCGUGGCUCAUGCAGGGCACAGCUCCUUUGAAAGGCCCACCUAUCUCGAGUAUUCUUGCUUCAGGCACUUGUUACAGACUGAUGCGUAUGCAUCCACAGGAUCCAACAGGAAAAUAGACCACAAUAAGACAGAUAUCGAUGAUGCUAUUAAUUCCACGCCAGCCUCUAGUCGACAUUUGACAUCAAUAGCCCAGCCGCAAGACCAGGUAUUUAACUUGCCUACUCGCUGGAGUGAACAACACCGUCACCAAAACCUUACUAUUUCACCAGAUGGGCGCGAUUUGUUGUAUCACGGACCACCGUCUAAUGGGGAAAAGGAUGCUUCUGUUGCUCGAACAAACUACCCAGCGCCUCCACUUUGUGGCAUUUACUAUUUUGAAGUAGAAAUACAAGGCAAAGAACAGAAGUCAUUUGCCACCCGCAAUAUCAAGACCACCCGAAUGCCAGGAUGGGAGCCUAACUCAUGGGGCUAUUAUGGUGACGACGGGUCAGCACUAACUCCAGAAAAGGAUCCAGCCAAUGACACGAUUGGAUGUGGGAUUGAUUUUGCUAAUAACACAGCCUUCUACACCAAGAACGGCACUCUUCUCGGCAACAUGGAGUGGUACCCCGUGGUAGGAUUGAAACACGUAGGAGAUGUUGUCCACACAAAUUUUGGCCAGGAAACGUUCAAAUUCGACAUUGAGUAUCAUGUCCAACGGAGGGCCGGUGAAGUUUGGAACACAAUACAAAGUACUCCUCUUCACCAAACCCUACUUCAGGGAAACCGGAGGAGGAUUCAUGGCCUCUUAUCCAUUGCUUCCAUCACCAACAAUUCUUCUUUGAAGCCUGCCCUCACCGAUGAACAAUCUAAAAGUAUGAUGAAGCAACUUGUGGCGUCUUACCUCGUGCAUCAUGGGUACGUCAAGACUGCACGAGCAUUUGAAGCUCGGGAAGCAGAGCGACGGGCAUCGACUCCUCGCCCCUCGGCAACUGAUGGUAACCACGACGUUGAAAUGAUUACAAGUGAUAUCAUUGAGAAUGAUACUCAAACUCGUACCAACGUCGUUAAUCUGGUGUUAUCAGGAAAUAUUGAUUCCGCCAUAGAUUCCUUGCGAGAGCAUUAUCCGUCGGUUUUGGAGGUUCACGACCAAUUGUUUUUGUUCAAACUGCGUUGCCGAAAAUUUGUGGAAUUAAUCCUAGAAACAGCUGAGAUCAAGAAGAAGAUGUCAGCAUUGCGGACGAGGGAAGCCGAAAUACUUAAAGAUGAUGAUACAGUUCAAAAUGCUUGGGUGGAGGAAGGAAUGGACAUUGACGUCGAUGAUCACCUCGCCCCUCCCAGCCACUCAGGCAUCCACUUUCAUGAAACUCCCAAUACGUUCGAAAUUAUGAAUCCCGGAUCGGUUGCGGCAUCUUCUCAGUACGAGUCUGCUCUUAAUGCUGCCCUUCUAUACGGCCAAACACUCUCCAACGAUUGCCAGUCCGAGACUAGACCCGAAUUACAGCAACUAUUCAAGCAAACAUUUGGCAUCGUUGCCUGGGAGGAUCCUUUAGAGGCAGGCAGCCCAGUUGCUACCCUAGUCGGGCAUGAAGCUCGUGUCGUCCUUGCACAUGAGAUCAAUGAAGCGAUUUUGAAAUCGCAAGGGCGUCCGCCUCAACCUGCUUUAGAAACACUAUAUCGCCACACAUCUGUGUGCAUCAAUGAACUUGGCUUGCUAGGUGCGGGUGCGGCUGCAUACGCUGACAUGCAAAAAGAAUACGUCAUUUAG